AUGCUGUCAAAAUCUUGCGUUACUUUGCAUUUGGGUGAAGAAAAUUUAUCUGGCGUAUAUCGUGAUGUCGUCCAAUGUUGGUCUCAUCAGUCGUCAAUGCAGACGUACGUGCGAUCGUUACCAGUUUUUCGACCAAAAAAUAGCCGUGGAAAAGUUAACUGGUUUGGUUUUAGUUGGUGAGACGUUCAGCAACCAUCGUUCUGAAAAUACAGAUGCGAAAGCAACAAAUCCUCCAACAAAAUAUUACAUUUCGUCCCUUCAGAAGUUUCAUUGUAAUAUAUGUCAGUUGAAAAUGGAGAAUGCAGUAGAUAUGGUAUCUUUCACAAAAAAUCUUCUAUGCUAAUGAUUGUUUUUUCACUCCAGCGGGAACACUUCAAAAGUGAAUGGCAUAUCUGCAAUAUAAACCGUUCCUUACGUGGUUAUUGUCCAUUAAAUCUUGAUUUAUUCGAAACUUUAAGACAAGAGAAAAUAGAAAAUGUUUCCGAUAAAAAUACCGUCGAUCAAGUUGGAAUGAGUCCAAUUAAUUCACUAUCAUCAACUAUAGAGUCAAAUAUUGACAACAAUAACUGUGAUAAUGGCACAUCACCUAACACAGUUACUAAUUCGUCACUUACUGCAUCGUCACAUAAGCAGAUGUUAUUUUUCCGAAAUUAUAAUUCAGAAAUAGUUGGAAUAAAUCGUUGUGUUUUAUUUACUAGGAAGACUAUGCCUUCAACAAUGGAUGAGUUGCUAGCAUCUGUUUCACGUGUUCGACAAAGUCGAAAAUGGGCUAUUCUUCUUUAUUCUGGAGGUAAAUUCGCUGGUGGUAUUUUUGAUGGAACAAACGAGGUUGUUCAUAAAACUUUGCACAGUUAUACAGUACGCGCUAAACAAGGUGGUGGUCAAUCAUCUUAUGAUUCACAAUGUGGUGGUCUUGGUGGGGCGAAAUCAGCUGGAGCUAAUCUUCGACGUCAUGGUGAAGCAACUAUUCGUAAUGAAAUAAGUGAUCUUUUACAUAAUAAAUGGCGUGUUCUGUUACAAUCUUGUCAGCUGAUAUUUUUGUGGUCUCCUAAAGUACAUCGAAGUAUAUUUUUUAAUCCACCUGUAUCGUCCUCAUCUGUGCCAUCUAAUCAUAAAUUUACCAGUGAUAAUAUGAAUGAAUCAACUGACUACUCUUCGACCAAUUCCAGUUAUCGAAUUUCCUCACCUCUUGUCCCAGAUUCAUUAGCUUCAAAAGCUUGUGAUUGUCGACUUGGAAUGACAAUGGAUGAUCCAAGAUUACGCAGAAUACCUUGUCGUAGUAAACAUAUCACAUAUUUACAUGUUAAAGAAUUACACAAAGAAUUGUCAACUUUCGAUGUUUAUGAUCCUGAUGCUAAUCUGGAGUUUCUCAGUAAAUCAGGUCGAAAUCAAUGGCGCAAAUUAUCUGAAAGCGGUGAUGAAACUUUGUUAGAAACUAAAAGUGGUCGAUUAAUUUACGGUCCACUUAGCCUACUGGCAACUAGUCCUAAAAAGAAUUUAUUGUCAUCAAGUUCAGAUACUUCUGAUUUAUCAGAUUGUGCCAGUUCACAAGACGAUACUGAUGAUGUUGAUGAUAGCAAUGAUGAUCGAGUGGAACAAAUUGUGAACUCAGAAAAUAAUAUUAGGAAAACCACAGAAACAGUCAGGAAGGCGAAGCCAAACAGUCAAUCUUCAUUGCUUUCGACUCCCAAAGAUUAUGAAAGUAAUGAUGUCAAAGCAAUGACUGAUAAUUUCGAAGAUUUAUAUUUCACCUAUCAAGGUUGGCAUAGACGUUUACGUGUAGCAAUUGCUUCUGGAGAUUUAGUUAUUUUACGCUCUUUAUUACCAAUGGAUAUUUCCAAUAUAACUCAAAGCGAUAAUUUAAAUGAAUUGGAGGAAACAGUUCAUAAUUCAACUGGUUCUUUGAAUACUACUACCACUACUGCUGCUACUACGACAACUAUGCUGACCGCUACUAAUACAUCCCCUACUGAGUGUACUUCACCUGGAUCAUCAAAUGUACCACCAUAUCGUGUUUGUUUAAAAUUAAUUAAUCAUCCAUUGACUGAUGGACGAAGACUUUUACAUGUAGCUGUAGAAUUUCAAAGUGAUCCUGAACUAAUUCGUUUAUUACUUGAAUGUGGUUGUGAUCCAGCAGUUAGUGAUGGAGAUGGUAUAACACCUUAUCAAUUAGCUACACGACUGCAUAAAAAAUCAAUAGCCAACGUGUUUCGACGUUUUCGAUUUCAUCAUCCAAAUCGUUAUGAUUAUGAAAAAGCUAAAAUACCUGCUCCAUUGGAUCCAUCAAAAGAGGCUGCCAAACUUGAACGUGAACGUGAACGUGCAAAACGACAAAAACAACGACAAAAAGAAAAACGUGCUGCAGAACGUACAGCUAUUGAACAACAAAAAAAGGAUGCCGAAGAACAAGCACGUUUUUUAGCCUUAUCCGAUCGCGAAAAACGUGCUAUCAUGACAGAACGUCGUCUGAUGUCUUCUAGUUCUGCCACUGGUGAACCAUUCAUGGUAUUCAGUCGUUGUUUUCAAUGUGGUUGUGAUAUAAGCGGUAAAGUUCCAUUCACUUAUAUGGAUUAUAAUUUUUGUACAUCGAAUUGUUUAAAACAACAUCGUUUAAAAUCAAUAAAUAAUAACAGGUAAUAUAGUCCGGAAAAAAAUAAUCACCAACCAAAUACUUACCGUUUCUGAUUCAAAAAAAGAAGAAUUUUAUUCAUCAUUCAUGAAUAUUAUUAUUACUACUUAUUUUGUAUAAAAUGGAAAUUUAAAAAAGAAAACUGUUUAUCAAACAAACUACUAAUUGAAAGUAGUACUUGUAUUAUUAUCUUCAUUAUGAUGAAUGAAUUGUAUAUUGUAAAUGAAUGAAUUCAAUUGUUUCUUUAAGUUGAAUAGUUAAUCUCAAUCAUCAUUAUCGUUGUUAUCAUUUACUAUUUCUAUUUUGAAAUGAAAGAAUAAAUCUGAAUGUAAUGUAUGAAUAUUCUAAUUGAUCGAGCGUUUUGUUUUGUUUUGCUUUGCUUUUUGGAAGUAACCAAAAUCUAACGGACUCAUCAAUGUUGUUUGGAUAACCGAUGUUGAUUGUUUUUAGUCAUGUAUAAUGUUGUGUUGUACAGUAAAGAAUUUUAUUAAUCAUUAUGAUUUUCAGCUGUGUGGCGCAUAUAUAUCUCGUGCCUCCUUGUACCAAUAUUUAUGUGUUUAAAUAAAUAAAUAAAUGAUUUCCAGUUGUUAAAAUGAGUAAAUAGAACAAUGAUCAAUGAAUGGAAUGCAUUCAUAUGAUGUAGUUACUCAGGGGAUCAGAUUAUUGACUCAAAACUCUAAAUUAGUUAACAACAAAGACAAACCCACUGUUAUAACUUGUGAGUGUGUGCUUGCCCAGUUCAUAUAUGACGUUAUGAGACCGCCAAUUAGCGAGCAGUGAAAUUAUUGAUCGCCCAAUGUUACACAAAAACCCGUAUGAGCAGUCUUGAGCACUUAUUAGUCCUGUUAUCUACCUAGCCCAGCCAGUUAAGUCCAGAACAACAAUAACAGUCUCUGCAAUAUGAAUCAUUAUUC